AUGUCAGCACCAAACCCAAAGGCCUUUCCAUUGGCUGAUUCCGCUUUAACUCAACAGAUCUUGGAUGUCGUUCAACAGUCUCAAAACCUUAGACAAUUGAAGAAAGGUGCCAACGAAGCCACCAAGACAUUGAACAGAGGUAUUUCUGAAUUCAUCAUCAUGGCUGCCGAUACUGAACCAAUUGAAAUUUUGUUGCACUUGCCUUUGCUUUGUGAGGAUAAAAACGUUCCAUAUGUUUUCGUCCCUAGCAAGGCUGCUUUGGGAAGAGCUUGUGGUGUUUCAAGACCCGUGAUUGCUGCUUCGGUCACUACAAAUGAUGCUUCUUCCAUCAAGAACCAAAUUUAUGGAAUUAAAGACAAGAUCGAAACCUUGUUGAUAUAA